AUGGCAGCGCCCGCCCCCCCCCCCCCCCCCCUCCCCCCCCCCGUCGGGUUUAUCACCGCCGCCAGCUCAAGCUGUGGCUACCAAGUCGCCUACGCUGCUCUUCAAAAAGGGGACCAUGUCAUCGCUACAGCUCGUGACCCCACGAAAAUCCAACGCCUCGAAAAGGAAGGCGCAUACAAUCUCGCUUUCGAUCACGCCUUUAGCAAAUAUGGCCGAAUCGACUACCUGAUAAACGCUGCAGGCUACAUUCUCGAAGGUGCAGUGGAGGAAGUUACCCCCGACGAGGCUCAACGCCACUACAACGUUAUCGUCUUCGGCACGACCAACACGAUACGCGCAUUCGUCCCGCUGAGGAAAGAUUAA